CAACCGCCCUCGUAGCGUCACGCCAUCCAUCAUCCUUCGGAAGUUCUUUUCGCUCUUGUUUCAAUAAUGCAGAAAAUUAAAGGGCCUCGUCAAGAAGGUGCCAAUCUUGUUGUUUGAAUGCAUCGCUGAUAAUGUCCUGUAUAAUACACCAACUCGUCUCAAGCGGCGCAAGCGUGGUCACCAGGAAUUCUAUUAGCCGGCGCGCGGCGCUGCUUGAAAGACGUUUAUUUUCGACGCACAAAGAGACGUGCGCCUAGUUGAGCUUCUGUUUACUUGUUUGCUUAUUUACCCCUACUAAAACCAAAUUUCAAAACCGAAUCAACACAGUAAUGCAAUGCUGAGAAAGUGAAAAUGAAUGCGAAGUAUUACAGUUACACUGCUCCUUCAAAUAUCUUCUAUGCACUUUGCAGUGUACCUAAACUUUAUCAAUGACCGAUGACACCAGCACGUCCGGAGUAGAACAAAAACGCAACAAAUGACGAAACCCAGAGUACAGAAUUUCAGAAUAGCCGUAGUACCUUUCUCGACCGCUACCUUUUGAUGAUGAAUCGAAAACGUUUUAGCUUAAGGAGAUAAGCUUUGCUUUGACUUGAUUGAUAUUGCUAGACACAACGAAAACCAUUAUUAUUUCGUUUGACUUGAGCUUCCUAGUAGAAUUUGCAAUAGGAGGGUCUUCAGACCGAAGAAAGACUCUGGGUUGCGCUGCUGCGGCGCCUCCACGCGUUGUACUAUUUCAUCUUGCGUGGUGGACUCGGCACCUGAAGCGCCUCUGCAACUACCUUGUUGAUGAACUCGAUUUGCUAAAUAUUUCUCCAAAGUUGGCCGCCCAUGACUAUGAGGAUCGAUCGAUGAUCUUCAGCGCCACCAGAUUUUUGCAUUUGUAUAAAAGACCACGAUGUCCUUGUUGCGGUAAGGAAAUCGAAAGAAGUUUCAGAUCGAUUAUUCUCC